AUGUCAAUCACUAAGGAGACGAAAUUACCUUCUGAUGAAGAGCUGACCGUUCCUCAGGAGAUUAACAUCUCGUCGACUUACCUCAAGGCAGUUGCUCCAUAUAUGGCGUAUCGAUGUGAAGAGAAAAUCAAGGCAGGUUUAAAGAUUCUUUUGAUUGAUUUUUUAGGAUUUUAUGCUGAAGCGGAAAGAAGUUGAAGAUCCUAGAAAGACUUUGAAGGAAGGUGCUGCUGUUACUGCUUGUGGUGUCGACUUCCUGAGAUCCUUGAAGAAGACUUGCAAGCCAGAGACUGACCGUUAUGCUGAAUGUAUCGACAAAAGCUCGUCGCAACUCUUUAUUGCUUAUUGUCAUCAAGAUCAAUUGGUUUUGGACAAUUGUAUAGAACAGAAAUUAGGUAUCACUCGACCAAAGCGUGGACACUUCAGUAAAUUGCAUGUUCACAAUCCAGGUUAUGAGGCUCCCAGUAGGUUACCUUAUUUUUUGCCACUGACUCCUUCUUUCAGAAGAAAUUAAACGCGAUUAUAAGGCAGAGGCCUCUAAAGUGUUGGCCGAAUUACCGAAUGACAACCCGGAAUAUCAAAGAAAAGAUUUCAAAAACUUUAACGAAUGGAGAAAGGAUUUCCUUCGUGUGUAG